GAGUUGGAGAACAAACCUGAACUCAGUAAACAGCGUACUGAUAUAAUGAAUAAAGUUAAACAGGCUUUACAGUCUAUUCGCAUUCAUGGUAAAGGGUAUAUGGUCUAUUCCUACCUAUGGAUUUGGGACAAAAACAAUUAUUUAAACGAAGUCAAGAAAUAUGGUCGCAACUUGACAUUAGCCGAACGUGACGCGGAAUUGGAGCAGGAAGGAAGCUCUGGAAUUAAGUCGAUAGGAACUGGAGAGUACCCACCAUUUUCAGUUUAUAAAGAGCAACUGGAUAAGUUUAUAGAUUUACAGGACCAAGUUCAUCAGUGGGAAACAUACGACAUAUUUUUUGGAUUUUUGCGGUUAAAUAUGGAAGGCUUUAAGAGAUCCGUUCUCAAUCAAAUUGGUCAGUGGAUCAGUUUGUUUAAAAUGGAUCUUAUUAAUUUUGUCCGAAACUCACUUCAGGAACUGCAAGACUUUAUAGAUGAAGCUAAGGUUGUGCUAAAAAUGGAAUUAAAAAGAGAUGACUUCGAUGGAUUAGUUAAGAUACUCUCUGUAUUAAACCAAAUAAAUGAAAAGCAAUAUGUCUUCGACAAUAUGUUUGAACCUCUUAGAGAUAUCGUAAACUUGCUCAGAAAGUAUGGAUAUGAGUUCAAGGACACUGAGCUUUUACAACUUAACGAAUUGCCAGAUGCAUGGCUAAAAAUAAAGAGGCAAGCCGCCAUGACAAAACAGCUUAUUGCACCCAUACAAAGUUACCAGGUGGACCAAAUAGAAAAACGCAUAUUGCUAUGCAACAAUAUGGCAAACACAUAUCGAAAAAAAUUUAUGCGAAAGAAAUUCUUAAAUGUUCCCUGUCCCAAUUGCUAUGAGCUUAUUGACGAAACAGAUUUAGAAAUUGUUGAAUUAGAGGAACGGCAACAAACUCUUACGGAGUCUGCAGUUCUUUUUGAGUUACAAGGCCCCGAUCCUACCAAGAUUGAACUUUGUCGCAACGAUUUGAAGCUUGUUAAAAUAAUGUGGGACUUUGCUAUUUCGAUCGAAUCUACUAUAAAUGAUUGGAAAAAAACACCAUGGAAAAAGAUAGAUAUUGAAGCAAUGGAUCAAGAGUGUAAGAAGUUUGGAAGAGAGCUGCGAGGCUUAGACCCAACAAUGCGUAGCUGGGAACCAUUUAUAUUCAUGGAGGCGUCAUUAAAAAAUCUGAUGACAUCUCUGCGUGCAGUCACCGAACUUCAAAACCCUGCAAUACGGGACCGCCAUUGGGUAGAGCUUAUGCAGACCACUAAGGUAAAAUUCAACAUGGACGAUUCAACGACUUUAAAGUAUCUUAUUGAUCUUAAUUUGCACGAAUACGAGGAAGAGGUUAAAAAUAUUGUUGAUAAAUCUGUUAAAGAAAUGAACAUGGAAAAGCAACUACGCGAUAUAGCAGCAGCCUGGGCUGGCAUGGAAUUUGGUAUAGAAGUACACGAACGCACAGGUAUUAAAUUAUUAAAAGCAUCUGAAGAAAUGAUUGAGACUCUAGAAGACCAUCAAGCUCAGUUACAAAAUAUGACCUCUUCGAAAUAUGUAACUUUUUUUCUGCAAGAAGUCUCAUCCUGGCAACAGAAACUAUCAAAUGCAGAUCAAAUCAUUGGCUCUUGGUUUGAAGUUCAGCGAAAAUGGCAGUAUCUGGAAAGCAUUUUUAUAGGCUCUGAGGACAUACGUUCACAACUGCCUGAAGAUUCUAAACGAUUUGACUUCAUUGAUAGAGAGUUUCGAGCUCUAUUGGCUCAAAUGAACUCUGAUCGUAAUGUCGUUCGUUCUACUAAUCGUUCUGGUAGCAAACUCUACGAACAUUUGGAAACAUUGCUUAAAAUGCUGCUUUUAUGUGAGAAAGCACUUAACGACUAUUUGGAGACAAAACGACUGUCUUACCCUCGGUUUUAUUUUGUUUCAUCGGCAGAUUUGUUAGAUAUUUUAUCAAACGGGAAUAAUCCUGCAAUGGUAUCGCGUCAUUUGACUAAGUUAUACGAUUCUAUUGGAAAACUUAAUCUCAUAGCUGGAACAAGACAAGCAGGAGGCAUGGUAGCCAAGGAACUAGAAGAAUAUGUUCCUUUUCUGCAAAAUUGUGAUUGCAGUGGUAAAGUAGAGGUUUGGCUAAAUCGUGUGACCGAUAAAAUGCGGGAGACGCUCCGAGAUCAGCUGAGACGUUCUUUGACUCAAUAUGAUCAUAAGCCGCGUCAUGUUUGGAUAUUUGAAUGGCCAGCUCAGCCAGCCUUGGUCGGCACGCAAAUCAUGUGGACAGCUGAAACAAAUGAUGCAUUUGCUAAAGUACAGCUGCGGUAUGAAAAUGCCCUUAAGGAUUAUAAUAGGAAACAAGUGAAUCAACUGAAUAACCUAAUUAUACUUUUGUUGGGAGAUCUUACAGCGGCAGAGCGGCAGAAGGUCAUGACCGUCUGUACCAUCGAUGUACAUAGUCGAGACGUUGUGUCUACUAUCAUAACAAAAAAAAUAGAGGUACAGACGGCGUUUCAGUGGCAAAGUCAAUUGCGCCAUCGUUGGGACAGCAAAAUUGACGAUUGCUUUGCUAACAUUUGCGAUGCUCAGUUCCGUUACGACUAUGAGUAUCUUGGUAACACUCCACGUCUUGUAAUUACUCCUCUAACAGAUCGCUGCUACAUUACACUAACUCAGUCUCUACAUCUUGUAAUGGGUGGUGCUCCAGCAGGCCCCGCCGGUACCGGAAAAACCGAAACAACCAAGGACUUAGGGCGUGCUUUAGGGAUGAUGGUGUAUGUAUUCAAUUGUUCCGAGCAAAUGGACUAUAAAUCAAUUGGCAACAUACAUAAGGGUCUUGCGCAAACUGGAGCUUGGGGUUGCUUUGAUGAAUUUAAUAGAAUCUCAGUUGAAGUGUUAUCCGUGGUAGCUGUUCAGGUAAAGUGUAUGCAGGACGCUAUAAAAGCUAAAAAAACAACCUUCAGCUUUUUAGGCGAGUACAUCGCCUUGAGAGCUACCGUUGGUGUGUUUAUAACAAUGAAUCCAGGAUACGCUGGUCGUGCUGAGCUGCCAGAAAACUUAAAAGCCCUUUAUCGUCCUUGUGCUAUGGUAGUCCCCGAUUUUGCCCUUAUAAGUGAAAUUAUGUUGGUGGCCGAGGGAUUUCAGGAGGCACGACUGCUGGCAAGAAAAUUUAUCACACUUUAUACUCUAUGCAGGGAGCUUCUCUCAAAGCAAGAUCAUUAUGAUUGGGGAUUGCGUGCAAUAAAAUCAGUCCUAGUUGUUGCUGGCGCUCUAAGGUGGGAGAACAUCUUCCGGAGUCGCGGGCCCCCUCUCCUCCGCGGCGGAUUCUGUCGGGGCUACCAACACCUCGAGGCCUGGCUCCCACCUCCCAGUACGGCUCACGCUGGGGAGAUGGGUCCCUCGUGA